UGCUUAAUUCUGUCUGUUUAAUUCAUCUCAAUCCAUCCAUAUCUAGGUUUCUUCACUCUUAAUUAUCCAUCCUCUUGAAAAAAUAUACAUAUAUGUUGGUAUGCUAAUUAGUGUACUAAUCUUCCCAUCAAUGAAGGCUGGGACAGAAAACAAUGAUGCAAAACAUGGUUCCUCCUCAACAACAACACCAUCCUCCUAUUGAUGAAAUUACAAGCCCACAGAUUUUCGAAUCGGAAUAUUUCCUUCAAAACUCAGAGGUUGGUUCGAGUUCAAAUUGGUGGUAUAAUAAUGGUGAAGGAGGCAACAAGGCGGCCAUGGCGGUGGAAGACGACAUCUCCGCCUCCAUCGAUUUCAGCCUCUCUCCCUCCUUCACCGCCACUCACGAUCAGUUACUAGGCGAGGCCGCGGCGGCGGAGGGAUCGCUCUAUCCGCCGCAUUUGUACAACCCCGAGCAGCAGCCGGGGGACUACCUCCAGCCCCCCUGCGCGCUCGUGGAUCCCGUGAUCGGCCCGUACCUGUCCUCGGGCCACAUGACGCCCUUGGACAGGUCGUGGCUGUUUCUCUCUGGGGUUCUCGGGUCCGAUUUCUCGCACCACGAGAUGGAAUCCCAGGGCGCUGCCGCCGCGGCUUUCCAUUGCUCCGCCGCUGAUCUUCAGGCACUGAGUAGUAGUGAGAGUCAACAUAUGGUCAACGGAAGUCCAAGUAGGACUUUGGCGUCUGAGAUUUCAAGCUUGGAAGAUCCAACGUUUAAAGUGGGGAAAAUAUCGGCUGAGGAAAGGAAGAGGAAGAUCCAUCGAUAUCUCAACAAAAGAAAUCAAAGGAAUUUUAGCAAGAAAAUCAAGUAUGCAUGCCGGAAAACGCUGGCAGACAGCCGGCCGAGGGUGAGGGGAAGAUUUGCCAAAAACGAUGAACUCGGGGAGGCGGAUCUUGCAAGAAAUUCCGGUAACAACCAAGAUGACGACGUAGAUGAAGAUGUUAACCAGAUGUUCCAAAACUCCAUGCCUGAUUACCACCACAAGGCUGCGAAAGAAGAAGAGUGUAUCGACCCAUCGGAGUUAUUUGCACAAAUGAGUGAAGUGAAUUCAUUCAAAUGCAACUACCCAAUCCAAUCUUGGAUCUAAUUAACCACAAGUAUAUCACUAAUUUUCUACCACCUUAACAUCAUGUAGUAUAUAUUUGUAACUUUUAGUUUACCUUUGUACGUAUUUGUGCUGUUUCUGUUUGUCAUAUACACAUAACACAUGCUCUAGUUCUUGAAUGAUCAUACACAUAUUU